AAAAUAUGGCUCAAGUCAGAAGAGACUGGUGACGCAUGGCGUAUGACACUUAUGACAAUAAAUCAUAAAUGGCGAAUAACUGAGACUAGAACUUUACUGAGUACUAGAAUAAUUUUAUUUCAUGUACAUCUAGUUAUGUGGGAAUCAACAAUAAAUACAAAUAUUUUAGAAAAACAUUAUAAUGCAGAAACUUAUAGACUCAUUGGUGAAGAAAAACUUCAUGAGUAUGGUGAUUUUUUAGAAGAAUAUACACAUUUGACUAAUUUAAGUCAGUCUAAAUUUUCCAGUUUAUACACAAAGGAAAAAACAAUUUUUGUUGAUGAGGAGCCCUUCGAAAAAAUAUCAACUCCCCAUCUUGCCUGUUGUGAUAAUGCUACAUUAUCAAGGAUAUUAUGUACUUUAGGAGCGAUUUGUCAGGAACUCGAUUUUCUGAAAAAUGAAUCUGAAAAGCUAUAUUCUUCAAUUUUGUUUUAUGGAGAAGAUUGCACAAGCAGUCCGGGAAAUAAGGAUUGCAUCAGCGAAAUAAUAGAGCCACUUCAAAAAAUUCUAGUUUUGAUAAGAAGGGCGGAGAUAGUCAUCAAUUUGACUCUAAGGCAACUUGGUGGUAUUUUACAUAAAGAGUACUACAUUUCAAAUAGUAGUUCUAGGUUUUCAGAAGUCCUCUCUUCAUUUGCAGACCUAUUGGUCUGCUUGUUAAAGUUUGAUACCUUAUUGGAUAAACAGGUCUUAAAGAAUGAUUGGAUAUGCUAUAAAAGGCGUCUUAAGAAUUUUAUACAUACAAAUUCGAAAAUUCGCUGGGAGUUUAAUGAGUUGCAGGCUUUUAGUAAUAUGUUAUUAGUACUGGAAAACUCUUUAUUAUCUGGAUCAAUUUUUAAGGAUACUAUAGACAGUUGUUUAAACAAUAAAUUAGUUAUUGAUUUUAAAAUCGAUAGUUUAAACGCAGAGUUUUAUAAUUAUUUAACAGAUAAACUAAAUGAAUUAGACAAGGAUGAUGACGUCUUCUUACAUAUGAAAGAUAUUGUAGAUAUAAAUGUACUCGCAGCCUUUUAUUUUAAUAUCUUUGGAGUCACUGAUAAAAGAUUUACCAAAAGGCUGCUUGAGAAGAAUAAAAAGAUAUCGGGAUGUUCAUUAAUAGGAAAUAAAUUAUGGUAUCCUGAACACUUCCUCGUAAAACAUGUGCAAUCGCUACUAAAUUCGAUAGAUAGAAGUAGCAUAGAGAGUAACAGAUUAUAUUAUAUUAACUCAAAAGUGCAAAAUUUACAAAAGGAAACUAACACAUUAUCUUAUAAGGCAUUUAAUUUUAUCCUAGAAUUAGAGAAUAAGAUGAAAGCCAACCCAAUAACUAUAAAAGUUAAACAACUGAAGGAAAUGGCAGAGUUUCUUUUAGCCGAGUUAAAGAUAGUAGAGAAAGUAAAAAGACUUAUUAAAUGGAUACUUAAUGUGCAUUUCGACAAAAAUUUGCCUGUUACUAAGACAGUUUUAAAUUGUGUUGGCCGUUUGGUUGAAAGUUUAAAGCAUAUGCACUCAGCCUUUCAAAGGCAUAUGCCUAUGAUAAACUUUUUUAUUACUCUCAUAUCACAGCAUUUGCAACAUACAGCUAUUUCUAUGUUAGAUACCCUAAAGAAAAACCAGACCCAGUUAAAAUCUUACAAAGAUAAACAGCUGGAUAUAUUAUCAGCGAUUAAAGUUUGUGAGUCAGCUUUAAAAGGUCCCAACACAAAGCUUCGAAUACUUAUCGCAAAUUUGGCAUUAUCAGCUAGUGGACUAGUUCCCGUAGCUGAGAUAAGAUCAAUUUUGAACCAGUUAGAAAUAGCAGCAAAAUUUACACAACUUCUAAAAAUUGCAUGCGAUUGUUCAAUAUUUUAUUGGCAUUUUCAUCACCUUAUGCCUGCAUAUUUUAGAAGGCUCAUUGCUUUUAAGUCUAAUUUAUCAAAAUGUUACCCACUUUUAUAUGCAUUGUCCGAUUGCUUAGCCGUAGAAGAAAACGAUAUAUCUAGCGAAAUUCAUCAAAUCUGGAAAGAGGAACUGUGCAUGCCUAUAAACCAUAUAGCAGAAACAAAUCUACGAGUUCAGACUCAUCUUCACCUGCAAUUACCUCCUUCAGAUCCGUUUCGGGACUAUUUUCCUCUGUGUUUAAAUAAAAUAAUGCCGGUUCCACUGAAAUAUGCGUAUAAGAAUAUUAAAAUUGAAACAGAACAUUAUUUGAGUUACACAUUUUAUAAUUUAACUACCGUUGUACUAUAUGAUUGGAAAACUUAUGGGGAGAUGCGAAGGUUAGCCACUUUGCAGUAUGGGGUGGAAACAAUCGACGACGAAUUACCCAUGCAAACUUUAGAUCAAGGGUUGGAUGUACUGGAAAUAAUGCGCAAUAUUAACGUCUUUGUGCAAAAAUAUCUUUACAACCUUAAUACUCAAAUAUUCAUAGAAGAGUCAAGCAGUAAUAAAUACCUAAAUUCAAUUGGUAUAUCACAUGUGGCAAACUCUAUAAGGACACAUGGUAUAGGGAUAAUGAACACGACUGUUAAUUACACUUACCAAUUUUUGAAGAAUAAAUUUAAAAUUUUUUCACAGUUUUUGUUCGAUGAGCAAAUCAAAUCAAGACUUUUAAAAGAUUUGAGACAUUUUUCUGACCAUAAAGAUCAGUAUAAUCAGCUGUAUCCUUAUGAAAGAGCCGAUAAAUUUAAUAGAGGUAUCCGAAAAUUGGGAACACCAGAUGGAAAGGGAAGUUACUUGGAUUUGUUUCGAAAGGUCAUUACUCACAUAGGUAACGCGAUGGGUUAUAUUCGAUUAAUCAGAUCAGGAGGAAAUAGAUGUCUAGCGGAAGGUACAUGUUUUAUCCCGGACCUGAUUCAAACAGAUUUUAUACAAGAGCUAUUUGAUGCGGAAGAUUUGACAGAACUCCCACAGAAUGAAGCAAAUGUGCUUCUAAAAAACAUUAGAAUCCUUACUGAUAAUUUUGAAAACACCACAGAAUAUUUCAAGCUUCUGGUCAAGGCAUUUUCAAGUCAUUUUAGAAGUCGCAGUAACAUGCAUCUAAGAAAUUUUUAUAUAAUUGUGCCUUCAUUGACAAUAAAUUUUAUUGAGCAUUCUCUUACUUGUAAAGAAAGGCUUUAUAAAAAAGAUAAAGCUAAUUGUGCCUUUACUGAUGAUGGAUUCGCGCUUGGAUUGGCAUAUGUGAUAGAACUAUUAGACCAAGAAGCCUAUUUAAAUUCCCUUCACUGGUUUGAAUCAGUUCAGAAAAAACUCGCCACUGAAAUUCAGAAUAUUCGGGAACAAACCAUGUUAUCUAAUUUAGAAGACGUAAAAUUAAAGCAAACUUUAACAUUGACUGAAAGACGGAUAAAUACUUUUCAAAGGGAAUUUAAACUAUUAGAAUAUAGUUUUUGCAGUGCUAAAUUCUUCUUCCAAUCUUAAGUCUAGUAUACAGUGUGCUCAUAGCAUCUUUCGACCUAAAAAAUAAUAUUAACUUUAAAAAAGUUGAAUAGAAAAAUUAAGGACGGCCUAGGGAUACAUCGUUUUAAAUAUUCUAUGAAGUAUAUUAUAGAUCACCAAAAAACGAUUGACAUAUUUCAAUGUAUUAGUUCGGCUUAAUAAAUUAUAAUACAUUUCAUUUAUUAUAUUAAUAUAUGUUGUGUCCGGUGGAGCCAAAUGAAAUAA